AUGAUUCUAUCUAUCUAUCUAUCUAUCUAUCUAUCUAUCUAUCUAUCUAUCUAUCUAUCUAUCUAUCUAUCUAUCUAUCUAUCUAUCUAUCUAUCAUCUAUCUAUCUAUCCCAGUCCGACAUAUCUAUCUAUCUAUCUAUCUAUCUAUCUAUCUAUCUAUCUAUCUAUCUAUCUAUCUAUCUAUUUAACAAAGAUCUGUCUAUCACUAUAUCUAUCUACCUCAUUAGCAUCGAGAUCAUUCUUUGGAUUUUGUCAAUAACCUCCCUUUUCACAUCUAUCUAUAUAAUUUUAUAUCUAUCUAUCUAUCUAUCUAUCUAUCUAUCUAUCUAUCUAUCUAUCUAUCUCACUCUGUGCAUCUCUUUCUUUCUCCCUCUCUAUGUACCUGUCUGUUUUAUAUAUCUCUCUCUUCGUCUCUGUCUCUCUAUGUAUGUAUCCCUGUUCAUAUCUAUCUAUCUAUCUAUCUAUCUAUCUAUCUAUCUAUCUAUCUAUCUCACUCUGUUCAUCUCUUUCUUUCUCCCUCUCUAUGAGAUAUAUAAAACAGACAUAGGUCUGUUUUAUAUAUCUCUCUCUUCGUCUCUGUCUCUCUAUGUAUGUAUCCCUGUUCAUAUCUAUCUAUCUAUCUAUCUAUCUAUCUAUCUAUCUAUCUAUCUAUCUAUCUCACUCUGUUCAUCUCUUUCUUUCUCCCUCUCUAUGUAUCUAUGUCUGUUUUAUAUAUCUCUCUCUUCGUCUCUGUCUCUCUAUGUAUGUAUCCAUGUUCAUAUCUAUCUAUCUAUCUAUCUAUCUAUCUAUCUAUGUUAUUCUGACUGUCCGAGCUUACUUCGGGAUAAUUUUUCUUUUCUCUAUCAGACACUUGCGUUAGAUGUAAAGUAA